CAUAUAUAAGGCGGAUUUUGUGCUUCCAACACCGGGUGGUUGUUGUGUUACAUGCAUUGUCUUUGAAAGCAUCACUUAUCAUUUAUUGUCAAAAACAAUCGUAAUUUUAUUGUUUUCAUUUCAUAAAAAUCACGUCAUCAUUGGCGACGCUACUUGAGGUCAAAGGGCGAAAGUAAAAAAACUUAAAAUUACAGGAAUUCGAUUUAAUUUUUAAAAAAAAGGGAAGGAAGGAUAAAAUGGAGAAAAUUCCCCUCCUGAUCGUCGUUUUGCUGGCUGUCGGCAUUGGUUUCAUGGCGACGUCGUUCGGCGUAGGCGUGGCUGGUUUACUGGGUGAGAACUGGAUCGACUAUGCCUCCACUACAACCACCUCUACCACUGUAAGUGGUACCCCCGCCACCAUCGUGGCCGUGAUCAAGGCUAACAUCGGGCUGUUCACCACCUGUUACAUCGUGGAUACCACUACCACCAUCACCAGUAUAUUCGGCACUAGCACCACCUCACUGUCGACCAGCGACUGCGUAAACUCGGAAACUACCGGAUACGUCGAUGCCGACACGAUCAAAACUAUCCAGAGAGUGGGCAUAGUGGCGGGGCUGUUCCUUGGCCUGAGUUUUGUGGCUGGCAUUAUUUUUCUCGUGCUCAACAUCCUGAAGAAGCUUGCCAAACCUAUCUGCUUUGCGGCAGUCACUGCGCCCUCUCUGUCUUUCAUUUCAACCAUCAUGCUUGUAGCGGCUCUAAUAGUUCUGGAUGGCCAACUUUUAGCUGGAAUGAGUAUGGGUUCAACUGCCACUAUGGGCAUCGUUUCCCUUGUGCUCGCCUUUCUUGCCACAGUGGCAUAUUCCGUGGCAGCUGCCUUCAUCAUCAAGCGUGCCUUAGUGGCUUCCCAAAUUAACCCCAAUUCAAACAGCAAACAGUCUACCAGUGAAAAGGCUGAGCAAGAUGGUAGCAAAGAACCAGAAAAGGAGAAACCUAGUGCUGCAAUUCCCUGAUAAAGAAUUCACAGCUGUUCAGAUAUCCACAAGGAGAUUCACAUUUACAAUUAAUUUAUCUAUAGAAUUCUCUCUCUUACUCCAUGUGCUGGUUUUGAAGUUUGUAAAAUAUAUUAAAACAAAGAACAUUUUGACAUGAACAGGCAUGAUUUAUAUUUUUAAUCCAUGGUGAAAAUAAGAGAAAAUACACAAUAAAUGACAGUUUGUUUGUU